AUGGAUCGAAUUCCUUCCAAGGUGCUCCUCAUUGUCAUCUUUCUAAUUAUCUUUCCCAUGUCAAAUUCAGUAGAAGAAAAUGUGAAGCAGGCGCUAGCGCAGUUCAUGGCUAACCUUUCGCCAGGAAAUGGUCAAAAUAACCAGAACUGGGGUUGGAACUUGACUUCAGACCCCUGCAACGAUGAAUGGGUGGGUGUGUCCUGUGACUCGCAGUCGCAAACCGUUAAGGGGAUAGUCCUUGGUGAGUACAAUUUCACUGGAACUCUUGAUGCUUCUUCUUUAUGCAUGGUGAAGUCUCUUGCAGUCUUGAGCCUCAUAUCAAACAACAUUGUUGGCAUUAUACCAGAAGAGAUUGGAAAUUGCACAAGCCUAACUCACUUGUAUAUAAGAAAGAACAAAUUCGUGGGUGUCAUUCCUGACGCUCUUUCCCAAUUGAGUAACUUGGAAAGGCUCGAUAUAUCAAACAAUCACUUCUCUGGUGUGAUUUCUACCAUGUCUAGAAUUUCAGGCCUGGUAUCCUUCCUUGCUCAGGACAAUCACCUUUCUGGGGAAAUACCAGAAUUUGAUUUCGUCAAUCUUCAGCAAUUCAAUGUCUCUAACAACAAUUUCAUCGGUCAAAUUCCUGAUGUCCAAGGUAGGUUUGAUGCAGACAGCUUUUCUGGUAAUCCUGGACUAUGUGGAAAACCAUUACUAAACACAUGCCCACCUUUAGCUGCACCCCCAUUUGCAGAACCAUGA